AUGCUCUUGUGUCUCUACCCAGGUCCCCGUGUGCACCGUCUACCCCAGCGUACCGAUUUCAAGCUCAUUCCUGCGCCUCUUGACCUAUCCCUGCCACUGCCUGAGAAGUCACCUCUUCCAGCCAUCAUUGUCACCCCAUCCUCUCCCACCAACACCCGCGAUUUCUCCAUUGCAUUCCUCGCUGCUGAACCCAAGCCUACCGUGCGCCAGCGUCUAUCAUCGGCUAAAAUCCUCAGUUCCCCCAGCCUGCGACUGCGCUCUGUCCUUUUUGUUCUUGUCGUGAUGUUCAUCCUUGUAUGCCAUCUUGUCACGCACAGUUUGGCUGCACGCCACGCUCGGUUGGAACUCGUAGUGCAGACCGGAGAAGUGCAUAUCGUAGAGGGGUCUAAUAAGUGGUUUGAUAUUGCCUCGAUGCUUACUAGGCAGGCCCCUGUCGACGAUACACUCCAUGAAAUCGAGCCAGUUGGUGAACCUGAUGCACAGUAA